AUGACCUCAGCGUGGCAGCCACCCAAGAACUACCGCACACGGCCCGUUGCGCUCCUCGGAGCGGGGGUCUUGGGCCGUCGAAUUGGUAUGUUCUACUGCGUCAAACUGGACACCCUCUUUGUGCAAGAAGUUAACAAUCGUGCAGCGGCCAUUUGGGCCUCCGCGGGCUACAGUGUCCACGUCCGUGACCCCAGUGCGGACCAACGUGCGGCUUGCGAAACCUAUGUGAAAGAGAAUGUGGCUUCAUACGCAGCCAAUACGGGUGCCGAGCCGGGCAAAGUCACCACCUUUGAGGAUAUGGCACCAGCCCUCGAGAAUGCCUGGCUCCUCAUUGAGGCUGUUCCCGAAAAAAUCCAGUUGAAAAUUGAUACGUUCGAGCUGGUUGAGAAACUGGCUCCCGCCGACUGUAUUCUGGUAACCAAUUCAUCGUCCUACAAAUCGUCGGAGAUGCUCGACAAGGUCUCGGACAGCACCAAAGCUCGCAUUCUGAACAUGCAUUACUACAUGCCUCCAGCAGUCAUGGUCGUGGAACUGAUGACCGACGGCUUUACCGAACCGGCUAUCUUUCCUUUCCUGGUUGAGCGCUUGAAGGAAGCGGCCACCCUGCCAUACGUUGCGCGAAAGGAAUCCACCGGCUUCAUUUUCAACCGCUUGUGGGCCGCCAUCAAGCGCGAAACCCUCACGAUUCUUGCCGAGGGAGUCUCGACGCCGAGUGAAAUUGAUUCGAUGUGGGGAGAGAUGUUCAUCAAGGGCAAAAUGGCGCCCUGCAAGGGCAUGGACAGCGUCGGUCUGGACACUGUGGCAUUCAUCGAGAAACACUACAUCGCCGAACGGGGCCUCUCCGGCACCAAAACCGUUGACUAUCUUCAAACCAACUACCUGGACCAGGGCAAGCUUGGAAACAAGUCCGCAGCCGGCGGUCUUUAUCCAGCCCCUGGAAGUUCCGAGACGGACGGUGACAGCCACAGCCUCGUCGUUCUCGACAUUGGCUUGUCGGCCAAAGAACCGAGCUUGCACGCCGGCGAGGUGCUGCAAAUCUCAACAGAUGGACAGGUGCAAAAGGUUCUCGUCACCGGUCAAGCUCUGCCGGAUGGUCUUGCCGUAGACUCUGCGAGCAAACGCAUGUUCUGGACCAAUAUGGGUGUCCCUGGAAAGGACGAUGGUUCCGUCAUGUCGGCCAAUCUAGAUGGAUCUGACAUCCGGACGGUGGUGUCACCGGGGACCGUCAACACGCCCAAGCAAUUGACGCUAGACACAAAAUCCCAAAAGGUCUAUUUCUGUGACCGCGAGGGCAAGCGCGUCCUUCGCUGCAACUAUGAUGGCUCGGAAUUUGAGGUCUUGGUCGCGACGGAGAAUGCGGACAGCCCGGACAUCCUGAAGUGGUGCGUUGGCAUAGCUGUGGCCCCGAGUUUCGGCAAAUUUUACUGGACCCAGAAAGGCCCGUCCAAGGCCGGACAAGGGCGUAUUUUCUGUGCCAAUAUCCAGACCCCUGCAGGUCAAUCAGCAUCUUCAAGAGAUGAUAUUCGUGUCGUCUUGAAUGGGCUUCCGGAGCCGAUUGAUCUGGAGGUAGACGAGGAGGCGCAUACGCUUUACUGGACGGACCGUGGGGAGCUACCGCUCGGGGCUACUGAAAUUCUCAGCAGGAAUUUCAACGAGGCGAUUGGGCUGAAGUUGGACCCAGUCAAUAACGUCAUCUAUACGACGGACCUUGGUGGUAGUCUCUAUCGUUGCGACCGUGAUGGAAAGCACAAGGUCAAGUUAUUAAGCGACGAGAACCGGGCUCUGACUGGGAUCGCACUUGUUUGA